GUGUUCCACAGGAGCGCUGUGAGCUGAUCGGAUCUGCCUCCUCCUCCUCUACUGAGCGUGUGUGUCUGUAUGUUGCUCCUACAUUACACACACUUCAUUUAUCAAUAACAUUACACCUUGAAAAGAGAUAUACGUUGUGGAUUAUCAUGUCAGACACGGAGACAAAACCAUCCAGUGAUGGAGCAGAGAAGAAGGAUGGAGAGUACAUUAAACUCAAAGUGAUCGGCCAGGACAACAGUGAAAUUCACUUCAAGGUGAAAAUGACGACGCAUCUAAAGAAGCUGAAGGAGUCGUACAGUCAGAGACAGGGUGUCCCCAUGAACUCUCUACGGUUUCUCUUUGAAGGACAGAGAAUCGCAGAUAACCAGACUCCCAAAGAGUUGGGGAUGGAGGACGAGGACGUGAUCGAGGUGUAUCAGGAACAGACCGGCGGCUACUGGAACGACUAGACCUUUUGCUUCCUCUCCUUUCUUUUUAAAUCUUAAUUUUGUAUGUAUGAUGUUUCUUUCUUUCUGUUUCCUUUUGUGCUUCUCUCAGAGGGAAAUGGAAAAAAAACAAAGAAAACCAUCUGGAUCAAAGCGAUACUACUCGGCUGGAGAGAUGGGGUCAGAGGUGUAGGAAGGAGGAAAGAAUAAGGAAAAAGAUCACUUUUUUCCAAACCUUCCUCUCUCUCUCUCUCUCUCUCUCUUUAAGUCUUUUAAAUACAGAGUCUGGAUUAGUGUGUGCCACUAACCCUCAGAGCAGCUCUUCAAAUUCCCCCAAUAAAUUGAUCCCCAUCAGUGACGAUUCAUUUCUGCAGGAUAGACACUAAAUCAUUCACGUCUAUUCCUACAUGAUAUUCCUCUAAUAUGCAAUUAUUGUCGGAUUAUAAAACGUGUGCUGCGUUUUCCUUUGUACGUGACAUUUGCACACAUCAAGGGAGCGACAGCUCCGUGUUGUAGCUGUUUGUGAUGCAUGUUGGGUUUUUUUUUGAUGCGUUUGUUUCGUCUCCGUUCAGACAAUUGCUCCCCUGUUUAUUAAAAUAAUACAUAACGCAAUAAGGCCCUGUUUUAUCAUAACAUAAGAACGAUUGCUGAUCAACACUCAGGGGGUGACAAAAUAACUCCACUGAUCUCUCUCUCUCUCUCUCUCUCUCACACACACACACACACACACACAUGAUGAUGAUGUCACUGCACGUUUAGCUUUUUCGUCCACUUCUUAGCUUGCAUUUUAAACUUGAGAAGACUUGGUCCAGAUGGUUUGUGGACAUAGAAGAGAUUGUUAUUUUGCUUUUGUCUUGUUUUUUUGUUUUUUUUUUGUUUGUUUGUUUUUUUAAAUAAAAUGUGUCAUAAAAGCA